GACGUGGAACCCUGAGACACCGCGAAGUCUCCCAAUAAAACGGAAAUCCAGAUUCCAGUAUCGCCCCAUUUUCCUUCUCGUGUCGUGUGGUAUCGGGCAUUUCUGAUUCUCGUCCCCAUGGCUGCGGCCGCCCGGCCGAUCUUCUGCGAGUUGCAGACGCAGAAAUCGAUCGUACCGAAGAGAGAAGUGGCGAUUCCGAAGCUGAAGCUCGGCGAUUCGUCGCCCGAUAAUGCGAAAAUCGUUCUUCAGCCUCGUGUUUGCACUCUGAGGUCUUAUGGUUCAGAUCGCACCGGAGUGAUUAAAACACGGGAAGAUGCCCAACUGUCUCCUUUCUUUGCUUCGCUCUCGGAGUACAUAGAAAAUUCAAAGAAAAGCCAGGACUUCGAGAUCAUCUCCGGCAGAGUCGCUAUGAUGGUGUUUGCUGCUACGGUAACAAAGGAAGUAAUAACAGGAAACUCGUUGUUUCAAAAGAUGGAUCUACAAGGCAUUGAGGAAGCCGCAGGGGUUUGUUUGGGUGCUGUAGUUUGUGCUGCUAUUUUUGCUUGGUUUUCGAGUGCUCGAACCAGAGUCGGCCGAAUUUUCACUGUUAGUUGUAACACAUUCAUCGAUUCACUGAUUGACAAUCUCGUCGAUGGUUUGUUCUAUGAAACCGAGCUCAGUGACUGGUCUGAUGACAUUUAAACCAAUUACUACUGAUCACCCAUUUCUCUGCUGGGAGAGAGGGCACUAUAUUCGGAUAGUUAGAGUGUUUCAAUCUGCAGAGUUUGAUAGUUAUAUAUAUUUGUGUUACUGUGUAUAUAUUCAAGAAAACUCCUGUAUAUCAGCAGAUGGUACUAAGAGCCUAGGUGCUGGAAGAAUUAAAUUGCUAAUAUUCUAGGUAAAUUUCUUGGGAAUGACCAUCGCCCGUGGUUAAACAUAAAUUCUGUAAAUAAGUUGUCACUAUUAAUAGAUGCAAAUUUAGAACA